AUGUUUUUGCAUACAGAUGUCAUUUUUGGUGACUAUAUUAUUGAUUGGAUUCCGGGAGUCAAAAGUAUUGGCCUGAGCGAUAUCCCAACCACAGCUUGGUCCACAGAUCCAAAUGACCCCUUCAUUGACUAUAUGAUUUCAGAAGUUUCAAAAAGCUACAAAGCUUCAGCUGUCAUCUUUCACACAUUUGAUGAGUUAGAACCCGAGGUGUGUAAGGUAUUGUCCUCUAUGUUCAAUCGGGUCUACACUAUCGGCCCCAUCCCAAUGCUUCUCAAAGGAUUACCAGAGACUGAAAUCGACAAAAUCGAAUGUAAUCUAUGGAAAGAAGAUUCCACUUGUAUUCAAUGGCUAGACACUAAAAACCCAAAAUCAGUAGUUUAUGUGAAUUUUGGGAGUAUGGCCGUUACCAACCCAGAAAAGUUGGUAGAGUUGGCAAUGGGGCUGAGUAAUAGCAUGCAAAAUUUCUUGUGGAUUAUCCGUCCCGAACUCAUUUCUGGGGACUGGUCUACAAUUCUCCCUCCCAAGUUUAUGGAUGCGGUCAAGGACAGAGGCUAUAUAGCCAACUGGUGCGAUCAAGAAUAA